AUGAAUGCAAAGAUUUUCGCGGCGUUCUUUUUUGUCUCAACAACGAGUCUUCUACCGUCGAAUUUAUUCCAAAAUGCACACGAGUAUUUCUAUUACAAACUUCGCAAUGUCACCAAUCCGUGCAAUUUGACGAUAGUCGGCGAUGGGAAUGAACCGCAAACGCAUCUUCAGCAUAUAUUCGAAAGUCAUGUCACAUUUUGUGGUGGAGUUCUCAACAUUAUGGGCACUUUUCUGAAUGUUUUGGCAACGAAUAGCAUUUCGAACGCAACCCGCGUCAUUGUCGGUCAUUUCAUUUGUCUUCUCGCUUUUCUACCGACUCUCGUCUUGGCAUUUAUUAACACGGAUACAUGGCAAAUCCCAUUCUUUUGGACUUCAAUGGCAUUCGCCGGUCUUGCUUCUUUUGGCUCGAUUGGCCUUGUCGGUGGAGGCAUUUUCGGUCUAGCUGCCACAUUUCCGGAAUCAUAUAUGAAAGCUGUAAUGCUAGGUCAAGCAGCGGCCGGACUUUUAUCUUCGGGCCUGUCAAUUUUCUGUCAGGCUUUUGCGAGUGAUGAUUUAGUGAAUGGCCGAGUGUAUUUCUCGAUUGCAAUUGCUUGGUCAUUUGUUAGCAUUUUGGCGUAUGGAUAUUUGGUGAAAUCGGAUCUCGCAAAAGAAAUGCGACAAAGAUCCGGAUCACCAAUGGAUGAGCGGGGUCUUCUGGAUGAAGAGGAUGAGAUAACAACAACGUUCGUAGAACAAACAGUUGAACGUCCGCGAAUGGCUGAUGCAUGGAGGGAUUGCUUCGAUACGGUCGGUCCAGAAUUGAUCUCGACCGCUUUGGUUGUCGGUGUUUCUCUAUCAGGAUUUCCCGCAAUCGCUGCCGAAGUUGCCACCGAAUCGCACAAUGAAAAGUGGCAACAUUAUUUCACGGCAGUCUACUGCUUUUUGGUGUUCAAUUUGGGUGAUUCGAUUGGGCGACUCGUUGGCGGAUUCAUCGAUAUUGGUCGAAACACGAUGUUGUGGCUAUCGGUUUCUCGUCUAAUUUUCCCGCUUUUGCUCACAUUUUGCAAUGUCACUCCCCGUUUACAUCCAUCACUCACGAUUUUCCCGUCGGAUGGGAUUUUCUUGAUGAUCAUGAUCUUAUACGGACUAUCGAAUGGAAUUAUUUUGACGAUCGCCGGUGUGGGAUUGAGUCGAUAUGUUCCCGAAGAGCUGAAAGAAGUCUCGGGCUCAAUGUUGGCCUUAAUGGGAGCCACAUCAGCUUUGAUCGGUUCUCUCGUCGGUGUCGUUCUUGUCGGUUUGAUC